AUGAGUGUCUUCUCGCGGCCGCGGUACGGAAUCCCACCGUCGUCGUGCGAGGACUGCCGGUCACCCUUCGAGCGCUUGAGUCAGAGGAUGCUGGACAUUUCCGGGGACCGGGGCGUGCUGAAGGAUGUCAUCCGAGAGGGUACUGGGGAUGCCGUGACACCCGACGCCACGGUGCUGGUGAAAUAUUCUGGAUACCUGGAGCACAUGGACAAACCCUUUGAUUCUAAUUACUUUAGGAAGACCCCUCGGCUGAUGAAACUUGGAGAGGACAUUACCCUGUGGGGCAUGGAGCUGGGCCUUCUGAGCAUGCGGAAGGGGGAGCUGGCCAGGUUUCUGUUCAAGCCGACCUACGCCUAUGGCGCGCUGGGCUGCCCUCCUCUCAUCCCCCCCAGCGCCACUGUCCUGUUUGAGAUCGAGCUGCUUGACUUCCUCGACUCUGCUGAGUCAGACAAGUUUUGUGCGCUCUCAGCUGAACAACAAGGAGAGUUUCCACUUCAGAAGGUCCUCAAGGUGGCAACUACUGAGAGGGAGUUUGGCAACUACCUUUUCCGUCAGAAUCGUUUCUCUGAUGCCAAAGCGAGGUACAAACGGGCCUUGUUACUGCUCCACCGGCGUUUGGCUCCCCCCGAGGAGCAGCACCUUGUGGAGGCUGCCAAACUUCUCGUUUUCCUAAACCUGUCCAUCGUGUACCUGAAGCUAGAGCGACCUGCCAUGGCCCUGCGCUAUGGAGAACAAGCUCUGCUCAUUGACAAAAGGAAUGCCAAGGCCCUCUUCAGAUGUGGACAGGCUUGUCUCCUCCUGAAUGAAUACGAGCAGGCCAGGGAUUUUCUAGUGCGUGCUCAGAAGGAGCAGCCCUGUAAUCACGACAUCAACAAUGAGCUGAAGAAGCUGUCGGGCUCUUACAAGGACUACAUGGACAGAGAGAAAGAAAUGUGUCACCGAAUGUUUGCUUCCUGUGAAAAUGAUUGUGCUGUGGGAAGGAAGUGAAGAUCCUUCAACUACCCGCAGCAGUCGAGAGAUGUGGUCACUCGCACUCACUUGGCAGCCCGCGUACUAACACUGGAACAAUACAGAGAAGAGUAGCACGGC